AUGCAGCGGCUCCAGGGACUCAGCCGCAGGAGGGUUGAGGAUCAAAGGAAUAUAUGUACUGGUCAGGGGUCAAGGGUUGGUGGUUGGAGGUCGGUGGUCGGAGGUUGGGGGUUGGAGGUUGGUGGUCGGAGGUCAAAGGUUGUUGGUUGGAGGUUGGUGGUUGGAGGUCGGUGGUUGGAGGUCGGAGGUUGGGGGUUGGAGGUCGGUGGUUGGAGGUCGGUGGUCGGAGGUUGGUGGUUGGUGGUUGGAGGUUGGUGGUUGGAGGUUGGUGGUUGGAGGUUGGUGGUUGGAGGUUGGAGGUUGGUGGUUGGUGGUUGGAGGUUGGUGGUUGGAGGUCGGUGGUUGGAGGUUGGUGGUUGGAGGUCGGUGGUUGGAGGUUGGUGGUUGGAGAUCGGUGGUUGGAGGUUGGUGGUCGGAGGUUGGUGGUCGGAGGUCAAAGGUUGGUGGUUGGAGGUCAGUGGUUGGAGGUUGGUGGUUGGAGGUUGGUGGUUGGAGGUCGGUGGUUGGAGGUCGGUGGUUGGAGGUUGGGGGUUGGAGGUUGGUGGUUGGAGGUCGGUGGUUGGAGGUUGGUGGUCGGAGGUCAAAGGUCAAAGGUUGGUGGUUGGAGGUUGGUGGUCGGAGGUCAAAGGUUGGUGGUCGGAGGUUGGAGGUUGGUGGUUGGUGGUUGUAGGUUGGUGGUUGUAG